CGCUUGUUAUCACCCUGAUAAGCCGCAGGAAAACACCCAGAGUUUCUCCGAGCAAGUGUCACAACCCGGGGUCGCUCCGCAUCCCCGAGCCCGAACAAACCCCCGAAAAAACCGCAAACCCCGCAAUAAACGCCAGUGAAAAAAGGAAAACCCAACUAAAAUAAAAGCCACUCGUCCCGAAGUGCAUCGACUCGUGGUGUCCACUCCCAAGUGCAUGACCGAGGGCCCCGAAAAAAAUCAAAUCCCAACCACAACCGAUUCCCUCUCUAUCAGCAACACCGCGUUCUCUCGAGGAAAUGCAACGCUGUAAAAUAGCCAACCAAGAAUGAAAACACUAAUCGUGUGUCAUGGCUGACUCACCAGCAACAACAGAACAGGAUCAGCAUCAACCAGGGCUUGAUUGUGACUUUGUGUUCAGUGAGGCAGGAACAUUACCUCAACCUAAAUAAACUCAGCCCCGCAGACAACCGAAUAAAGAAAAUGCCAAGAGCAUUUCCCCAAAAUUAUCGGAGUAACCUCGAGUGUUAGUGAAGAGUAAAAACAUCGUGAACUGGGAGAUAAUAAAAGCGUCAGUGAAUCCUUGUUCUUAUCUGUUCUGUUGUGUUAUUUUCCGUGCAUGCGUGAGAGAAAAAAAAAUAACUAGGCUAAAUAGACAAACAUUGCGGAGUGAACAAACUGGAGUGAAUGAAAUUCCGUGAGCGAACAGUGAUAAUGAACUUCUGAUGAAAAAUUUUAAAUGACGAGAGAUGCAAUAGAACAAAGAAAUAAAACAUACCUAACCCACAUGCGCCGCGAGUGAGAGAUCGAGUUGUGGUGUCAGUGCACUUGGUUUUGAGUAAUUCUAGGUGUUUUUGUGCUCAAUAAAUUGGAUAAAGCGACAAUCAUGAACUCAUUGAGUGAGUUCUGCUCGUUGUUCUGCUGUCCACCCUGUCCGUCCAGGAUAGUUGCUAAACUGGCAUUUGCACCACCAGAGCCAACGUACAGUUUUAUCGAGGAUGAGGGCUCAAAAUUUGCUAUAUCUUUAUCGAAACGGGCCGAGUGGCAUUACACGGAGAGGGAGAAGGAGUCUGUCGAGGGAUUUUACGCACGCACAUCACGUGGUAAUAGAAUAGCAUGUCUAUUUGUGAGGUGCUCAGCAACAGCCAGAUUCACUAUUUUAUUUUCCCAUGGUAAUGCUGUUGAUCUUGGGCAAAUGUCGAGUUUUUACUUGGGUCUCGGCUCCAGGAUCAACUGUAACAUAUUUAGUUAUGAUUACUCGGGGUAUGGGGUGAGUGGUGGUAAACCAUCUGAGAAGAAUCUUUAUGCUGACAUUGAUGCUGCCUGGCAUGCGCUCAGAACACGGUAUGGAAUCAGUCCUGAGAAUAUUAUAUUGUAUGGACAGAGCAUUGGGACUGUGCCCACUGUUGAUCUUGCUGCUAGAUAUGAGGUUGGAGCUGUUAUUCUUCAUUCGCCACUCAUGUCUGGGAUGAGGGUCGCUUUUCCUAAUACCAAGAGAACUUGGUUCUUUGAUGCAUUUUUGAGUAUAGACAAGGUGCCGAAGGUAAUGUCACCAGUUCUUGUGAUUCACGGUACAGAGGACGACGUAAUCAACAUCAGUCAUGGACUGGCAAUCUACGAGAGGUGUCCCAGGCCAGUGGAGCCUCUGUGGGUUGAGGGAGCUGGUCACAACGACGUUGAGCUCUACAAUCAGUACCUGGAGCGACUGAAACACUUCGUAAGCGUUGAAUUAGUAAACUGACGUAAAUUGAGCC